AAUGACAAGGUUAAUAUCGGAAUGCGAAAAGUGGUAGUCAUCUUUGCCAUUCAGACACUUUCACACUCUCUCUCUAUAAUUUUCUCUCUCUAGAAACUUCAUACUGCUACUGGUUCUCUCUCUCUCUCCAUCUCUAUCUGUAUCUCUCUCCAUAAUUCUCUGGAUUAAACCACUGGUCAUCAUUGUGCUUGUAUGGAGUUGCUACUGUUUGCUCGUUUGAUUGAAGUAAAGUUUUGAAAGUCAAAGCACAAAUGGAUAAUAGCGGGCAUCGUGAAAAUGGAAGGCAUAAACCGCCACAGGGGCAGUGGUUAAUGCAGAAUCAGCCAUCAAUGAAGCAGAUAAUGGCCAUAAUGGCCGAAAGAGAUGCAGCCAUUCAAGAGAGAAAUAUGGCACUUUCAGAGAAGAAGUCGGCGAUGGCAGAAAGAGACAUGGCAAUCCUGCAGCGAGACUCUGCAAUUGCAGAGAGAAAUAGUGCUAUAGUGGAACGUGAUAAUGCCAUUGCCACUCUUCAGUACCGUGAGAACUCUAUGAGCAAUGGUAAUAUGUCUACAUGCCCUCCAGGAUGCCAUAUCUCACGUGGAGUAAAGCACAUGCACCAUCCCCAACAACACGUGCACGACCAGUCUCACUUGAGUGAAGCGGCUUCAUUUGGUACCAGGGACAUGCACACAACUGAAGCCAUUCCUACAUCACCGCUUGUUCCUGAGCCUGCAAAGUCCAAGCAAACGAAAAGAACUAAAAAGGCAACUCCCAAUAAGAAGACCCCAAGGCCAUCAAAAAAGGUCAAAAAGGAAAGUGAAGAUGUGAACAUCACCAAGUGGAAGGGAGGUCAUGAAAUGAGUGGCGGGGUUAAUGACCUCAACAGAGAACUGGUAGUAUCAAAGCUUGACUGGAAGGAUCAGGAUCUUGGGCUGAAUCAGGUUCCUUUUGAUGAAACAACAAUGCCAGUUCCAAUCUGUUCAUGUACUGGAGUUCUAAGGCCAUGCUACAAAUGGGGAAAUGGGGGUUGGCAGUCUUCUUGCUGCACAACUACAUUAUCAAUGUAUCCGUUGCCAUGUGUCCCAAACAAACGUCAUGCUCGAAUUGGUGGUAGGAAGAUGAGCGGAGGUGCAUUCAACAAGCUGCUUACCCGCCUAGCUGCAGAGGGGCAUGAUCUUUCAAAUCCAGUCGAUCUCAGAGAUCAUUGGGCAAAGCAUGGAACAAACCGCUACAUCACCAUCAAGUAAUAUUGUCUAUAACCUAAAAAUAGGUGGAGAAAUGAAGAAUCUUGGGUAUUUAUCAUCGGGCCUAUACCGUUAGCAACGAUAAUAGUAGGAUAUCUGAUACAUGCCCUGAUGAGUAGAAACCUUCCUUUAGAUAAUCUAGUGUUUCUAAAUUCUUAUCUCAAGUGCCCCCCCUCUGGAAGACUUUAUAUGAUAAUAAAGCUACCAGCCUACCAGUCUGCCCUGGUGGAGAUAUAUAAUAGUUGUAUUGGCAUUAAAUAAUCCAUGUGAACUGUAUUUGUAUUGUAACUGUUCCUGUAUAAAGAGAGUUUCAGUUCUGUA